AUGGCUGUCGCAUUGCUGCUCGAAGACGAAAACAGGAGGGCUUUACGCCGAAAUCGCAUCAUUAGGGACCGUAUUCAUCCUUUGGAAUUGUACGAUGACGUAGACAUGAUCAAACGAUAUCGCAUGCCACGACAUGUGUUGCUUGAAGUGGUGGACAUGAUAGGGAAUGACUUAGACCAUCCCACACGGCGAAACCAUGCGAUUCCUCCCACGUUACAAGUACUGUGUGCAUUGCGAUACUUUGCCAAUGGAAACUUUCAGUAUGUGAGUGGUGACCUCUGUGGCAUUUCUCAGAGCUCGGUUUCCCGUAUAAUUCUGAGGGUAGCAACUGCCCUCACUGCAGUCGCUCCAAACGUCAUUACCUUCCCUAGACAUCCAUAUAGACUACAAGCCAUUAAAGAAGGCUUCUAUAGUCCGCGUCGUCGCAUUCCUAAUGUGAUCGGUUGUGUUGAUGGAAGUCUUGUGCCAAUCGUGACACCAUCAUUACAUGAAGAUGCGUAUGUUUCAAGAAAGCAUUCUCAUGCAAUAAACGUUCAGGGCAUAUGUGAUAGUGACAUGAAGUUCACAAAUUUGGUAGCCCGAUGGCCUGGGCUACUCAUGAUGCAUUUAUCUGGAAUAAUUGUCACCUUAGCACACGUUUUGAGCAUGGAGAAUUUCCCGUUGGCCAGCUGCUCGGAGACCGUGCAUAUCCGCUGCGCCCUUGGCUUCUUACCCCUAUCCAGCACCCUAGAGACGAAGCGGAAAGGAGUUAUAACAGGAAUCACAGAAGGACUCGACAGAAGAUUGAAGGGACAUUUGGUAGAUGGAAAAUGA